CGUCAACCGACACUUGCUCUACACGAAACACGAAGACAGAACAAAACCACGCAAGACUUGUGCAUCUUACACCCUAAACCCACCCUAUAUUCCACGAACGAUUCGCCAAUCACACUUCGCCGUCAACGCGGGGGUCCUGGACGUGCUCUAGACUGUUACCAGCAAGAGCACAUCUUUCUGCAUCCCCCAUUUUUUUUUGUUCCUAAACACGAUAGCUUGCAUCACGCAUUACACUGCGCGUGGAUUUGCAUACUGCUCUUACGACGAAUCCCUGCUGGUCAAUUGCGUGCUUGUGCACACUCAGAGUGGAGAAGAAUGGAUCUUGUUAACUCUUUGAAUGACCGCCUUCUCUUCGCGGUGCCAAAGAAGGGCCGCCUCCACCAAGCCUGUCUCGAUCUCCUCCACGGCUCAGACAUCCAAUUCCACCGCCACUCGCGCCUCGAUAUUGCGCUCGUCAAGAACCUCCCGCUUGCGCUCGUCUUCCUCCCCGCCGCCGAUAUCCCCACCUUCGUCGGUGAAGGUCGUGUAGACCUAGGCAUAACCGGCCGCGACCAAGUUGCAGAGCACGAAUGUGUCACUCCACCCACCGCCACAACCGGUGUCGAUGAAGUGCUAGACCUUGGUUUCGGAAAAUGCAGUCUCCAAGUCCAGGUCCCCGCCAAAGGCGACCUGACCAAGCCUGAGGACCUCAUUGGAAAGAACGUCGUUACGAGCUUCACCAACCUCGCAGAGCAGUACUUUAGGAAACUGGAAGCGGAACAGGCGGGUACCACGAACGGCGAGACCAACGGAGAUGCAAAGCUAAAGACAGUCAUCAAGUAUGUGGGCGGCAGUGUCGAGGCAGCAUGCGCAUUGGGUGUCGCCGACGGUAUUGUCGAUCUAGUGGAAUCGGGCGAGACGAUGCGUGCUGCAGGUCUAAAAGCCAUUUCUACAGUUGUUACCUCGAGCGCCAUCCUCAUCAAGUCGAAACACCCCUCAGACCCUAAGCUUGUGGACCUUAUCACGGCUAGGAUAAAGGGUGUUAUUACGGCACAAAAAUAUGUGCUUUGCACAUACAAUGUUCCCAGGUCAAAACUCGAUGCCGCCCGCACAAUUACUCCGGGUCGUCGCGCCCCAACGGUAAACGCGCUCGAGGAAGAUGGAUGGGUGGCGGUUCAGGCCAUGGUGCUGCGCAAAGACAUUGCCAUUGCCAUGGAUAAACUGACCGAGGUUGGAGCAACCGACUUGAUUGUGACCAAGAUUGAGAACUCGAGAACGGGAGAUUGAGCGGUUUUGCCUCAAUUCCCUCUUUUUCUUUUUCUGUAGAUGAACUUGUAGAAAAUAGAAUAUAUGGGCACUGC